ACAAGAACAGGGCAGAAAUGAACAUGGAGAAGCUGAAGAUGGAUGACUGGCGAAGGAUCUUUCAGGGGCAGAUCCGAGUGGUGAAGCCAAACCAUUCCUGGAGCCUGAAGAGGGACCAGCAGCUUGUUUUCAAUGGCGUGGAAUCUGGAUGGAUACAAGUGUUACAGGAACACGCCCACGCAAGCUUUACGUGUUCACAAUGCCACCAUUGGUGGUCCUCGCAUCAGGUCGUCAUCCUGUUCCGUAUGCGCUGGGAUCAGCUUCAGUGCCACGGAUGCGUCUGGAUGAAGGUCUUCAGGCAACAGUGUGAUAACUGUUUUCCAAACAAGUACGAAGAGCCACAAUUCACCGAGAUGGAUGUCGGCAACGUCAUAAGGCACUUGAUCCUGGACAUAAGGGAGAAAUGCUACCGAGAGCGUGUUGACCGCAGCGAGCUCCUCGAGGUGGUAUUGGGGCACACUGGGCCACAUAGACCUCGGCAUUGUGAAGCCUGCAAACUGGGAAUUCACAAAUGGCAUCACCGGGGCUCUAAAGGCAUCUUGGGAAGGCCCAUAGCCAAAUUCACAAAUGGCAUCAUCGGGGUCCUAAAGCAUGAUGGGAAGGCCCAAAGCCUAGGGCAUUCUAGGAACACUGAAGAGACAAAGACACGGGCUCAGCCAUCCAUAGACUCCACACAGCCUUCUUCUCCUUGCGUUGACUGCCUUUGGAUAAGUGUGAUUUUCAUUUUAAUGAUCACUGCCUAUCUUAUAUGGCAAAACAGUGGGUAGACGAAAGCAAAUCCAGGAAUAUGCUAUCAGAGAUAGAACUCUCCUGCUCAAUUUGCUCUGCUUGUAGGAGCCCCGUAACCCUUGUUAUACGCACAGUUUAUGAAACACUGUUAUGCACUCGGCACUUUGUCUGACUUAGUAGGCUAACCUUAGUGGAUUCCGUUAGCACCUCUGACAUACACAGACCUACAGAUAUGUUAAGUGCCGUUGAUGAAUCUAAUUGCAGAAACAGAAAUCAAUUAUGGACAUAUAUUCAGAUAUUCACUUUCGUUCAUUGCUUAAAUGUAUUCUGGGGAAAAUGCUAAAUGCUGACAGGCAGUAACUGACUGCUUAUGACCUUGCUUAUAAUGGCCAGUUGUAACUGCGCAUGUCCCCGAUGUCAGGUAGCUUGCGUUAGAUGGAAACCAUACUACACGAUGUACCCAUAUCUGUUACAUUAGAUACUUUUUUAUCACUUCAUAGCCUGGGAAGAAGAAGGCCCAUUGUUCAACUGAAGGAGGUAUAUUUUUGCCUGAGAAAGUCCAACCUACAGGCCUCGGCCCAAUCAGAGUGGUGUGACAGACAGGGCUCUUUUUAUAGAAAAAGCCCAGCAGGAACUCAUUAGCAUAAUA